AUGACUACCGAAAUUAGCCUGUCGGAACUGCUGGCACUGCCUAGGAAACAGAGAACCAUUCCAGCUGACGCAUCUUCCACAACCACCAAUGAUGCCUCCAGCAUAGCCAGUGGCAGCCUCUCUGCCCGAACUGCAGGGCGGUUGACUUCUGAUUUGCCAUCUAGUCGUAGACGCCGUCAACUAGGCUCUGUGCUCUUGCCAAACAAACUGCAAAAACGCACACAAGCACAGAAGCGGCGCCAACUUGCGAGACAAAAGAGACUUCUAAUUGCAGCACAUCGACAGCAACAACAGCAACGAAGAAAACGGAAGAGCGCUGCUGGGCGCGUCGCAAAGUUGGAACUAGCUAAGAGACAGAGUCAACAUAGAUCUAGAAAGGGCAAGCCAAAGCUCAGCACUAUCUCUUCUGAUGAAGAAGCUGAGAAGGAGCAGCAUCCCGAUGAAGCAGAGGCUGAUGGAGCAAGAGGUAGUGAUAUAGAGGGAGUUCUCGCUGCCAUGGUUCAAGCUGCACGUAUGGCCACCGCCUCUACAGAGCCUGUUGCUUCUGAAGGCUCGCUUGUCACAGUUGGUGAUCAUAUUCUUCCUGGUUCCUUGCGUGCUGUGUCUGUCGGACAGUUAUCACAAUUGUCUGUCUCACACUCUGGCAAUGAAUUAUCAAAGAUCGGUGUCAGCGUUGACCCUUCCUCAGUUUUGUCGGACUCAGCCUCCUCCAUUUGCCAUCGGCUUGCAGUUUCGGGCCAUGAUCCAGAACUUCGAGGGCUUGCUUCCUGUCGUCGGUGCCUGGACCUUGUAACCUCACAAUGUGGCCAUUGUGAUGAUUGUCAGUAA